GAUUUCUCACCAUCUCAAACAUCACAGCUGAACACACUUGGAGUCUAUGAAACUACAGAUCAGCAGCGGCAGAGGAACCUUGUUCCAAAGAUUCAUUGUGACUGUCAGAGUCGUGAUGAGAUCAGCGGUGGAGGGAGAAUCGGUCACUUUAUACCCUGACACUGAAGUACAGAAAGAUGAUCUGAUCGUGUGGACAUUUGGAUAUGAAGACACUCUCAUCGCUCAAAUGACUGGAAAGACCAGAGAAACGUAUGAAGGUACUGAUGGGAGAUUCAGAGACAGACUGAAGCUGGACAAGAGGACUGGAUCACUGACCAUCAACAGCGCGAGAACUGAACACUCUGGACUUUAUAAACUACAGAUGAGCAGCAGCAGCAGAGGAACCACAAACAAGAGAUUCAAAGUUGCUGUGAAUUUGAAGAAAAUAUCAGCUAAGGAGGAAGACACUGUCACUCUGAGGACCAAUACUGUAGUGCAUAGAAAAGAUCAGUUACUGUGGAUCUUUGGAGAUGAAAACUCUCUCCUAGCUGAAAUCAAAGGAGGGAUUGGAAAGAUCUCUACAUUUGACAUUGCCGAUGGGAAAUUCAAAGACAGACUGGGCUUGGAUGAGAAGACUGGAUCACUGACAAUCAGACAUAUCACAACUGAACACGCUGGAGUCUAUACACUGAAGCUCGUCACCAGCAAAGCGACAACAGUCAGAAGAUGCAAUGUUGUUGUCAAAGUGUUGAAGAUAUUAGGGAAGGAGGGAAACAGUGUGACUCUUAAUCCUGAUGCUGAAAUACAGAGAGAUAAUCUGAUCCUGUGGAGGUUUGGAAACAAUCCCAUAGCUCAACUGACUGGAGAGACCAAAGAGACGACAUACACUGAUGCUGACGAGAGAUUCAGAGACAAACUGCAGCUGGACAAGAACACUGGAUCUUUGACCAUCAGAAACAUCACAAAUGGACCUUAUAAACUACAGAUCAUCAGCAGCAGAGGGACCUUGUCUAGGAAAUUCAGAGUUUUCAUGUGUUGUGAAUCCGGUCCGAAGACAAUGUCAGUGAUGAUGGGAGAAUGUUUAAUUCUAAUCACUGAUUUUAACAUAGAAAGAGAAGAGAGGGUACAGUGGAGCUUUGGAGCCAAAACUCUAGCAACUGGAAUGAAUGGAGACUCAAAAAAGACUUCAUACGGUGAUGAUGAGAGAUUCAGAGACAGACUGGAGCUGCACCAUCAAACGGGAUCUCUCACCAUCAAAAACACCAGAACCAGCGACACUGGAGUUUAUCAACUAAAGUUCUGCAGCAGAAGCGGAGAGAACAUUUGCUGGGAAUUUAGCGUUACUGUCAGUGAUUACACAGGAAACAGAGUGAAUAAAUCAACAGUUAUAAUGAUGAAUGGAGAGGAUCCUGUUUGAAUGUGCAGCAGUCAACAAGUUUAGUUUGAUAAGAUAAGACACGCCCACCAGCGUCAAUCACAUCAACAACUGAGUUCAGUUUUACAUGCACUUCUCAAAUACAUCCACUGAAAGUGAAAAAUAAACAUGUGAAUGUCAGAAAUAUCAUAUGUUUGUGUGAACCACAGCAGUAUUUCUCAAACUGUGCAUUUAUGCUGUUUUAUAUAAUAAUACGGAUAGUUCACCCAGUAUUUUUAACAGUUAUCAAGAUUGAGACAAAAACCUAGGAACUAGUUCACUAAAGUACGAAUUUCAUGGGCGUGUGCGAAAAAUUGCACGAUACACAAUUGUUUGCGCACAUGAAAAAGCGCAGAAAUCGGUGGACGGUGGCCGAUGGCGGACAUGUUUUUUGAAAUACGUCAACGUCCUUGUAGACAGUCAUGGCACCUCGAG